UCUCAUCGAAUGUCUCGCUUCAACAAAGGCUUCAUGACCAGCCCGCCAAUUUCCGAAGUAGUCAAGCUACAGAAUCAUCUAAGUCUACUACGUGAAGAGUAUGUGAAGCUGCAAAACCGAUAUGCUGAUUUAGAACGUCGCUAUCACAUGGCCAUCGCAGCCAGUGGUGAUGGAGAUAAUGAUGGAAGUUUUGUUACUCGUCUCUUGCGAAUUAUAUCUGAAAUGUACAACAAGGAGCAAUACAGUGAUCUCCGUGUGCUCUUGGAAGGAGGUCAUCAGGUUCAUGCUCACAAGUUUGUCCUGCAGGCGCGUAGUGAGGAUUGGGCUGCGACCUGUGACUUAGGUCAUGCUUCUGAACUUGACAUGUCAGAUGUUAGACUGGAAGUUGCACGAGCACUGCUACGGUGGGUUUAUACAGAUGAGAUCAACAUACAAGCUGAGGAUACAUUCUUGCUAGAACUGCUUCGUGCUGCCACUAGAUUCAAACUUGAAGCACUGCGAAAAAGAUGUGAGAAUGGCCUGGUCUCUUUUGUGAACAUGAAGAACUGCAUCCAGUUUUAUCAAACUGCAGAAGAGAUGAGCGCAGAGGUUCUGAAGAAACAUUGCUCGGAACUUAUAUCUAACCACUGGAAUGAAUUCACCAGCGAAGAUUUUAAGACAAUGCCAGCACCUUUGCUGUAUGGAAUCUUUAAGACGAAGACAGAGUAUCCUCUGCAUGCAGCUAUUAAGGCACAUAGGGAGGAUGUGGUUUUUCUCUACCUCAUCGAGUAUGACUCUCAGCUGCAGGCAAGGGUAAACGAAGUAGACAACAAAGGAGACAUACCCUUGGAUAUGGCUCUUCAAUCAAUGCAGAAAAGUAUUGCGCAGACUCUUGUGAAGAACCAUGCUGACAUCAACCGCAAAGAUAAUUCAGGGAAAUGUCUUCUGCACAAAGCCAUCAAAAGAGGGGAUGAGUUUUCUGCUCGAUUCCUUAUCAGCAACAAAGCUGAUGUGAACACAACAACAUUUUUAGACAAAGAAACACCAUUACACAUGGUGGCUUGCUUCAAUCCUGAUGUAACCCCACCAUCCACAUUAGCUGGAAUGGCAGACGUAGCACGUCUUCUGCUUGAGGCUGGGGCAGAUCCUAACGUCCAGGAUGCUUCUGGCAGCACACCUCUCCAUAAUGCUAUAUUCUGCAAGAAUGGCCCUGUAGUCAAAGUCUUGUUGGAAUUUGGAGAUCUUAAUUUAGAGAUGAAAAAUGCUGAUGGACACACACCUUUGUGGCUGGCCCUUCAACAGGUUAAUGAUUCACAUGCCAGUGCAGAGGAGGCGUAUGGACACAACAGUUUUGCCCAGCAGCUAAUUCGAGCAGGCAGCUCACCAGAUGCAGUCGAGCCAGAGUCAGGUAACUCUCUGCUGCACCUGGCAUCAAAAAGUGGGAAUCAGGCAGCUGGCAUAUUUCUUGCAGAACAUGGGGCAACUGUCAACCAUGCCAAUACAAAGGGCGAAACACCUUUGCAUUUUGCAUGUGAGGCAGGACUAACAGAACUUGUAAAAAUAUUGCUGGAGAGGGGAGCUAACUCCAAUUCUCAGACACUCAAAUCUUCGGCGUCUUCUCUUGACACUGAGCUAGAUUUCUUGGGUCUUGGUGGGGAAGGUGCUCAGCCAAUCAGCAAACAGACACCACUCCACUUGGCAUUAGCUAAGGCCCAUAACUCAGUAGUUCAAGUUUUUCUUCAGUAUAAAGCUCAGGUACAAAAAAGUCCGGAUAACAUGCGCAUCAUGCCCAACUUCAACCUGAAGGAUUCUCAGGGUCAGACUGUUCUUGGCCUGGCUCUGUGGCAAGGACUGCAUGAAACAGCUGCUGCGUUUCUCAACGCUGGGGCCAACAUCAAUGAGAGGAAUGCAGCAGGACUGACACUUCUGCAUGAAGCCAUCGAGAAGCAAGAUACCAUCAGUGCUUUGUUUCUGAUUGAGCACCAUGCCGAUCUUGAAGCUGAAUCACCAGAAAAAUUACGCCCAUUGCAGAGAGCUAUUGCGCGACACUUGCCAGUGAUAGUGGAGACGCUCUGCGGUCGUGGUGCAAACAUGAACAUCAUGGAUGGUGAUGGUAACUGCCCUUUGUGGCAGGCCCUCGACACUGGGCAGGAAGACAUUGCACAAAUUCUAGUUUACCACAAGUGCGAUGUCAACCUGUGGUCACCAGGGCCAGGUAACUGCCAGCAGACACUGCUCCACCGUGCCAUCGAUGAGAACAACGAAGCUGUUGCUUGCUUCCUUAUCAGGAGCCAUUGUGACCUCAACAGUCCCAGGCGCCCUGGAACAAAUGGAAGCGUGAGUGAAGAGGCAAGGGAUGGGCAGAGUCCGCUGCACCUGGCUUGUAGUUGGGGUUUGGAGCUUGUUGUGCAGUGUUUAAUGGAACACAAUGCCAAUGUAAACCAGCAGGAUGCUGAAGGCAAGACACCCAUUCACCUGGCUAUUGAAAACCAACACCCUGUCAUCAUUUCCUUGCUUCUUUCACAUCCGAGCCUCAACCUGACGUUGAAAGACAAGCAUGGGAGCACACCUUUUGUGGCAGCAAUGAUGACACGCAACAACAAGGCAGCACAGGCCAUUUUGGACAGAGAGCCUACAGCAGCUGAGCAGGUGGAUCAACGUGGACGUAAUUUUCUCCACACAGCCAUUCAGAAAACUGACAUCGAGAGUGUUCUUUUCCUCAUCAGUGUGCACGCCAAUGUCAACUCCCGCACCCAAGAUGCACACCACUUGAGCCCUUUGCACUUGGCUGUAAUGGCAGGCUCAGAGAUAAUUGUCAGAAACCUGCUUCUUGCUGGGGCAAGUGUGAAUGAAAAGACAAAGACAGGUGAAACAGCUCUGCACCUGGCGGCCGCACGUGACCACACCUUAAUUGUCUCCAUCCUUGUUGAGAAUGGUGCUGAUGUAGAUGCUGUUGAUGAAAAUCACAAUAAUGCUCUACAUGUAGCUGUGCAGCAUGGAAACCUGUCCACAGUGAAGGCACUCCUAACAGAAAGUCACAUCAACGCUGAGGCAGUAAACUUAAAAGGCCAGAACCCUCUCCACCUCCUUGGUCAGUAUGGAAAAGACAAUGCAGCUGCCAUGUUUGAACUGUUUCGAGAAGCCAUUCCUGAUUAUCCCAUUGAUCGACCAGAUGCAGAAGGCAACACAGCUUUGCUUCUGGCAUACGUUAACGGAAAUGGAAGCCUGUGUCGGGUGAUGGUGAGAGCUGGUGCUUGUUUGGGAACAGUCAACAAACAGGGAGUCGGGAUUUUCAAUGCUCCAGUGGCAACAAAACAGCUUUUGUUUAAACUUUUAGACAUGCUGUCUAAAGAACCACCUUGGAGUGAGGGAGAGUGGUGUUUAGAAUGCAGCACCAAGUUUACCAUCAAGACAAGAAAGCAUCAUUGUCGACACUGUGGCCGCUUACUGUGUUCCAAGUGCUCUGGGAAGGACAUGCCAAUCAUCAAGUUUGGUCUGGCAAAGCCUGUGCGAGUGUGUGAUGUGUGUUUUGACGUGCUGUCCAUUGGCGGACAGUUUUAACUUUUUUUUUUGUGGACAGGACAGGGCAGGAGUGUGUGCAUAGAAAUUUUUGGAUGCUUGCCUGUGACGAUAAUUUGUGGCCGACUUGCUCACUUGCUGAUGAUGUUUUGUGACUGACUUGCUGACACAGAUUCAAGUUAUCAAAUGUUCUUCAUUACAUCCCUUUCUCCCCCCAUUCCCCCCACACCAUGUUUUCCAUUGUUACCUCCCUUUCUACUGUCCUCUUCUUUCCAACCCACACCCUGUUUUUCCUCAUUUUAAAAAAAGAAAAGUGGUGCCUUUAUCCAAUAAGCUUUGAAAGAAUCAUCGUCUUCAAACAUUUGUGAGGUUGCUUUUAGGGUAUUUUUUUAAUUUAGGUAGCGUUUUCUCUUGCAGUAGUGAUCCUGUGACAUUGUCUGGGCAACUCUUAUCGCAUGUCUGCAUUGAGAUAUUCUAGAACUAUAAUGUAUGAGAGGGAGAUGGUGUAAUAACUUCAUUAAAGUAUUCUUAUGCUAUAAUUCACUCAAAGAGAUAGUGGCAUUAUUACUGUACUUUGUGUAUUUGUCUGAACAAGGAUACCCUGAUAUUUAAAUUUAUCUUAGGUAUGCCAGUACAUUAUAGUUAAACCUGAGAUUGUAAUUUUAUCCAUGAUAACCUAAUAUUGUAAAUCUUGCUGCCUCUUUAUUUUCAAUACUUUGGUGUCCAGCACAAUAAGUAGGAACGUUUAUACUUUUGACCAGAUGGCAAUCUACCCUUCAUUUCAAGAUCAAUUUUGACAUUUAUUUAAAGCAAAUAUUACUUUUUUUAAAGAUAUAAAAUGUUUACAAAUAUGUAUGAAGUUUAAGUUACUUGUUAUUCAUCUUGAGCAGACACCAAGGUUGCCUGUAGUUAGAGCAGCCUUUUCGUCAUUUUUCACCAUCGGGUGCAUUGAUGUGAUAAUCAUAUUGCAAAAUGUUUCUACGUAUUUUAUUAAUAAAAAAUACUUUAGAUGUACACAGAAGUUUACCUGAAAGAUAAGCAUCUGUAGCUUUAUCCUAUGCAGAAAUAAAAUACAUAGCAUGCUGGCUGUUACUUGAGCUCUCUACAUCAACAUGAGUCUCAAGACAUUUGUGCCCAGAUAUUUUAUUACAGAUUAUGUCCCUUAACCAAUACUCCAUGUUUAAAAAAAAAAAUGGUUACUGUCAAAAAAGUACUGGCAGCAAAAAAAAUUAUAAAAUGCAAAAAUUGUUUAUCAAUAACUGUAUAUGAAUAUUUUUUAACUACUGUUUUUUUUCUUUAAUAUAAAAUACUCAAAGGCACCAGUUGUUUUAUUUCACAAUAAAUCAACCCUUUAAGCGUUUUAUGCGGUUCUGGCCCUUAUCUACUGUUUUAGUGCUUUGUGACUCCAAUGCUAAAUUUAGAUAAUCUGACAUGCAGUUCCCUGGAAAGUGAAGCUGUAUUUUACACGUGUAUGCUUGCAAGGACAUACAUUCAUACAUGCAAAUAUACGUACACUUACAUAUGUACCCUUCCUCUACUUCUGGUAAAAGGUGGUAGUGCCAAACAGCAAUGUAUUUCAACAUUGUACUGCAGUUUUUGCUUUAUGAUCAUCUGGAUAUUCUCCAGACUAGUUGAUUUAGGUGUUUGAUUAUUGAUCUGUUGUGCUCCAGUCCAAUGACUGUAGAUCUGUCUCUUUGACAACUUGAUCUUUGAAUAUCAUCUUACACAAGAACAACCUGAUGGUCCCCUAGCUAUACAGAAUUGCAGGAAUAUUGUCUGUCUUGUGUUUUUGUAUUUGUAAUACACAGAAAGACUGGCUUUGGCUAGGAUAUCAUGCUAUAAAAGCUCACACUAUUAUUAUUAUUAAACACGAGAGAUGUACAGAAAAAUACAACCUCCUUCAUAAGCUAUUUUAAGCUUUAUGGUGUUCUUUAAAAGAACAGGCCAAAUGGCUUGUCUUUUCUUUUAAUUUUUUAAGCGUAUGACUUUAACUUUAAUGCCAGUAUUUAUUUGAAUUUACCUUUGUUGUCAACUGACAUUGAUCACUAUAUUUAAUAUACUUGUAUUCAUUUACUGGGUUUUAGUGAGUUCUCAUUUUGUGGCUCAUACUGCGAGAAAAUGCAAGCUUUAAAAAAAAUCAAAAAUUAUUAUUUAUGCACAAGGCCUUUUAUUCAAGAACAAAAUCUGAGUAAGAAGCACCUAAUAGUAUUUCAUUUUGUUGGUUUUUUUUUUUUACCUUACUAUGAGAAACUUAAGUUUUUUUUCCCCACAUAGAUUAUAUACUGCUUAAAACAAAAUCCCUAAAAGACUGCCUCUCCAAAAAUGAUCUUUUUUAAAACAAAAUUACAGUCCAGCAUUUCAGAUAAAAAUAGUAACAAUGAAAACAUUAUCUUCAGUCCAGUCAUCAACUCUCACCAGUCUUUCAGCUUAAUUUGCAUGACUAAAGUUAUGCAAGCACCCAUCAUGUUUUUUCUAUUGAACCAUUUUCUGCACACAUGAAGAUCAUCUCAAGGAAUCCUCUGAGCUCCUAAAGAAAAAAACUUUCAUUUUGUGAGUUCUACAAGGCUAUGGCUCACAUCUCAGCUUCUCGGUUCAAACUGAAAAACCAAAUACAGUAUGUUUAUUAGAUAAAUAAACUCUUACACUUUGCAUUUACUUGUUCAGUUAGGGGGCAUUAUUCUCAUGGGUUGUGCUUUAACAGUUCCUUGUUGACAGGAUUUUUGUGAUAAAACCAGAUAAACCUAUUAGUCUUGACUUUGUUAGUCUUACAACUUUUCAACAUCUUUAUGAACUUUUGGUGCAGAUUCCAUUAGUGUUCAUCUUUCAUCUCCACUCAUGAAUAUUUCUGAGAGGGACUGAGCAUGAUCACCUUCAUGGGCAGAAAAGGUCAUAGUACUUGUGUGACCAUAUUUAUACUCAUUGCAUUUCAGAUAUAUAUUAGUAUAUUUGCACUAUUUUUACAAAUGAUUAACUUUAUUAAUUCCAAAGGGCAGUUAUUACCUGGAAAAUGUGCUCAGUUACAAAACUAGUACCCUAUAAUUACAAGAUAAGACAGAGUGGUGCAUCUUGGCAAAACACAUGGCUAAAUAAACAUACUUUUACAUUUAAAACUAUACUCUUCAGACACCCCAUCUCCUCAGAGAUUUAAUUUACUUUUGAGUAGCUUGACUGCUGGGGGUUCUAGGAGGAGGUUUUGAUGCUGCAAAAACAAUAAUUAGUGAAGGAAUGGAUGUUUGCUUUGAUCUUUUUGAUAAAGCCUGUUCAUAUUCUUACUAACACUUUUUUUUUGUACCAAAGUAGUCAUUUGGUGAUAUUUCUGCUGCUUGUGUGAAAUGAAAUGUUUGCCAAAGCAAAGAGACACGUAUGAAUUCCUAUUACAACAUACGUAAUUUUGGGAGGAUGUGUUACCUCUUCAUUUAGUGUAUAAGAGUAAUGAUAUUUGCAUCUAUUUUUUUUUUUUCCUGCAAUGUCAUAAGAAUUGUGCUGUAAGGAUGAGACAACAUUUACCAAAAUAAUGUGCAAUUUAACCCUUUUUCUUGUCUGGUUAAUAAAUAUUGUCUGUAAAUUAAAUAUUUUGUCUGAUAAAGAAAUUGAGCUGUGGUGCUUUUUCACAGGAGUUGUCUUUGCAUUCCUAAAAUUAACAAAAUACUGUAUGCAUUAGAUUCUUCUGAUACUCAUUACUUCUAUAACAAUAAAUUCAGCUUAAAUUUA